AUGGCCUUGUGCUACCCCAGCGCCGUGGGCCUCAACAAAGGCCACAAGGUGACGAAGAACAUCAACAAGCCGAGGCACAGCCGGCGCCGCAGGCGCCUCACCAAGCACACCAAGUUCAUGUGGGACAUGAUCAGGGAGGUGUGCGGCUUCGUGCUCUAUAAGCGGAGUGCCAUGGAGCUGCUCAAGGUGUCCAAGGACAAGUGCGCACUCAAGUUCAUCAAGAAGAGGGUGGGCAUGCACAUCCGGGCCAAGGGGAAGUGGGAAGAGCUUUGCAACGUGCUGGCAGCCAUGAGGAAGGCAGUGACCAAGAAGGACUGA